AUGCUUCGCGCCCGACGCGGAGCUGGCCUUUCGGCCAAUCUUUCGUACAUAUGCCGUCCUUACCUACGAUGUUCGACCCAAUGCUUCCCUCGACGCUCGUUUGCCACCGAGACCAACUCGGACAGCCCUCCAACGCCUCAGCCCUCCUCUACCGGCAAAUCUGAAGAUAUUCUGAAUGGCCUCGAUGCCUCAUCAGAGAAUCUUCAAACCCGAAUUCGUGAAAUGAAGAAGGAUGCCGAAAAUAUGAAGGCGAGGAAGGCUACAAAGUUGGCCAAGAAGAAGAGAGCCUCUAAGAAGGCGUCUAAGAAAGAGGCCGAUGCUGGCGGAUCGAACGAGGCUGUCGAGGCCGAGGCCGCGAAAAAGCCUGGAAACUUUGAGGAGGCUUUGGACGUGGUACGGAAGGUCUAUGGUGUUGGUAGUUCUGGUGGUUCUGACGAGCCAAGCAACCCGACGAGUGAUCCGCCAAAGAGGAAGAGAAAGUCGAGGAGGUUGAAAUCAAAGGGAGCCAAGACCCCCGAUGAAGCUCCCAUCCCAGACGAAGUUGCAGCCAAGGAUAGCAACGCGGAUUGGACAUCCAAGAUUGCUCAACAAGCAGGCUUGUGGACAUCGCUCCGAGAAAAGCUUCAACAUCAGCGCAGCCCACUGUCCAACGAGGUGGAGGGUGUCCAAGGUCAGAUGUAUCAAUACGCCCAACACGAUUUGUCGCUUGGCCCGGACGCGACACCCUUCAUGUCGAGCGAACCUCCCCCUGUUCCAUCAGAGACCAGGACACCCCCCUCCGCUCCAACAAAGGUCAGGAGAACUCUCCAGGACGAACUUGGUCAUCUAGCUAGCAUACCAACUGCUACACCGGCUGACACAACCGCCAAAAAAGGCAAAAAGUCCAGGAAACGCAAGGAUAUGGUGGACGUGAAAGUAAUCAGCCCUCGAAAACUGAAGUUGGUGCCAGUCGAAGAAAAGUUGGCAGGAGACGUCCCGAAACUUGAGUACAACCUGGACAGGGUUCUUUUCAACCCUGGAGUCUACCAGCUUCAAGACAAGCGAUCAAAGGUCUUCAACUUUGACCCCUACCUCGCCACAAUCAUGCCUGUGGAGCAGUUCGACUUCAACGCUCUGAAGGAGUAUGUCACAUCCUCUAAGGACACCAGACUCAGAGAUCUGAGUGCCAAGUAUGGCAAGAAGUACUGCGGUUCCACGUCCAGCUUGACGUCUAUGCUCGCCCAUUUCCAUUUCCUUCUGUCAGCAUGGAGAGCGCCUAGUUUUGAGCACCUAUCCCGCUCUUUCAAUGUCGAGUUCGAGUCAUUCACCGCCCUGACUCGAGGACCUGCUGCUGCGUUCGCUCGCUAUAAGGAUGGUGUCUAUGCCAUUGAUGCCGACAAGGAAUACGACACGGCAAACAUUCUGAGCAUGCUUGGAAAGUCGAUGGAAAAGCUCCUCACCAUUCCAAAGAAGGAGUUUGAAAAGUACAGAAGGACAAAGUCGCAUGAGCUGUCUGAGGAGGAAAAGAACGCCGAUGAAGCAUUCCACUACUCAACGCUUGGCGAUUUCAUGCUACGUUCGCAACUUGAUGCAUACGACCCACGACUACCUGGCACUGGAAUGUUUGAUCUGAAGACACGAGCAGUCGUGUCUAUUCGAAUGGAUGUCGAAGGCUACGAGAAAGGGUUGGGGUAUGAGAUCCGCAACCGUUUCGGCGAAUGGGAGUCAUUCGAGCGCGAGUACUAUGACAUGAUCAGGGCAGCCUUCCUUAAGUAUUCAUUGCAAGUGCGCAUGGGACGAAUGGACGGCAUCUUUGUCGCCUUCCACAACACACAGCGUAUUUUUGGUUUCCAGUACAUCAGCCUUGAGGAAAUGGACCGAGCCCUUCAUGGAACUUCGGACCGCAGUGUUGGCGACCAAGAAUUCAAAGCCAGUCUGAAGCUCCUGAACGAAGUUCUAGAUAGAGCCUCAAAGCGGUUCCCCAAGCGCUCACUUCGACUGCACAUCGAAACCCGACCAACCAACCCCCCGCUGACCUACUUCUUUGCUGAGCCUGUCGACGAGGAGACGAUCAAUCGGACCCAAGAGACCGGCCGCACAAAGGUCGAAGCUUUUGAGCGGGAGAUUCUUGGCCUCUCGCGCAAGGAGAAGGAGGAAGAAUCGAGACAACUCAAGGAGGAGCUGUCCGCCCAAGUUCAAGAGGACCAGCUCGAUAAGGAGGCCUUGCAAGAGUUUACUUCAGCCGAAGACCCUCAGCGACAGAAGGCUUGGGACGAAAUGAUGGCCAAGGUUGAUGAAACCGUGGAAAAUGAUUUCCUGGGACUGCAGACAGUGAGAGAUGCCAUCGAGGAGGCUCUUGAGCAAAGUGGCCUUCUUGCUGGAAACUCCGAGCUUGAAAAGAACGCCUAUCUCAACUCCCUCGUUGAGGCCUUGGCUGAAGAGCUCUCGGAUGUCAAGGACUUGUGCAAGGAAUCCGACGAUACGCCUCAGAACAUGGGUGAAGGCGCUCAGCCUGCGGAUCUGGAGAAAGCCAACACAACGAGCCCAGAACAGUCGCAGUCGACUUCAGAGCAGAGUCAAGAGGUUGAGGAAAAGCCACAAACCGAGGAGUUGUCUCAGGAGGGUGUACCCCGUGACGUAGAUUCCGAACAGCCCACCUCUCAAGCCGCUGUCGAGGAAACCCCUGAGGAAGGUCCCAAGACUAUUGAUACCGAGGAGGCUUCUGAGACCGCAGGUAUCACAUCGGCCGAAGAGGGGUCCGCAGUGACUGAUUCUACAUCUGUCGAAGGUUCCAACGCUGUUGACACCAUCUCGGGCACAGAGCACUCUAUGGCUGUUGACACUGCAUCACCCGAAGAGGAUUCCAAGGUUGCUGAUGCCAUAUCAACUGAGGAGGGGUCCACCGUUGAGUCUGCAUCCAUCGAGGGUGCUAACGCUGUUGAUAUCACAUCAUCCGAGAUGAUCAACGAAGCCGUUGGUGAACAGGCUGAGUCAGCAGACAACAGCAAGCUGUCAGAUGCAUCGCUCAAAGACCUCAUCUUGAGGGUAGCUCAGAGUGUCGACCACAAGGCCAGCAGUAUGGGAACGUUUGAGCGAGUACUUUCGGAAUUGGUCCAGGCCCAAAAGCAGGCGAAUGCCGAAGCUGAUGAAGUCGAUGAAGCUGCUGAAGCUGCUGAAGCUGUUGAAGCUGUUGAAGCUGUUGAGGGUGAAUCUGAGCCUACUCCUUCGGAAGAAGCGAUGGCUACUGGAGCGAGCACAGAGUCGUUAGAUGCCGCCUCAGUCGAGCAGGAAGCUCCAAAGAAGGAGCGGGAGCUGCUCGGCAUGUACAUUACGGUUCGCAACAAGAUGGAUGACCAAGUCGUCGAGCGCGUCGAACUCACGGAGGACUGGAAUGAGAAGCGCCGGUGGAUGGUGGAGUACUCGAUUACAGAGCUACCUCAGGAAAGGGCCGAGAGGAUCCUUGCACAGAUCCGAUCUCGACGAAAGAAGACACUCCAGUCGGAUCCCGAAGAGCGCAGCAGGUCAUGGUACAGGGCUUGGUCAGGAGGCCUGGCAAAAUCAACCGCAGCCGGGCAGUUGUAUAGGAAGACUAUGAAAAGGGAAGAAAGAAAGGACAAAGGCGUCAAGGUGGCGUGGACUGAGAGGACAAUCCCUCACAGGAUAUUCAAGUCGUAA